CCUGCGCCGACGUCAUGCGCAGUAAGCACUCGCGGCGGACCGGCAUUUCUUUUCUGAAAAAGUUGGACGAAAUAUUUUAGCAAUAUGUCUUCUUUACUACCAUAUUUGAUCGAUGUAGAACGAUCACGUAUCUUCGAAGAGCCUCAGCUGACUGUGGCAUUGUUGCCUCAAGAAUUGUUGUCGCUGUUGCGGCCAGAAAGAUCCAGGAGCCAAUUUUCAUGGAGGCAGCCAGGAUUGCGUGAGGGAAGUUCGAUUAAGAAGGAUAAAUCUAAAUUCCAGAUCAAUUUGGACAUUCAACACUUUUCUCCGGACGACAUUACUGUGAAAAUUGUCGAUGGCUUCGUCGUCGUGGAAGCUCUUCACGAAGAAAAGCAGGAUCAGCACGGCUGGGUGUCCCGGCGGUUCACACGACGCUGCCCGAUACCCGAAGGCUGCGACACAGACGCCGUGGAAUCCAGACUCUCUUCUGAUGGAGUCCUAACUGUGUCCAUGCCUUUACAGCGCCGAAUCUCUAACGAGCGCAGAGUGCCCAUCAUACAAACUGGUCCUGUGAAGAUAUCCGAUGAGCCGAAGCCAGAAUGCGUUGAUUCUAUUGAAACGCCGCCAGCAAACGGAGAAUAAGCUGUCACAGGCGCAUCGCCAAUUGCCAAGUGCAGUUUAUGAAUCUAUUUAUGUCGGCUUCUAAGUGCAUUUAAAGUGUUUGUUUAUUUCAAUAAUUCCUUUUAAAGCAGAAUACUCAUUUUAGUUUUUUUGUGCAAUUCAAUAAAGAGUUCCGUAUG